AAGCAACCGAGACCAGCCGCGAGUGACUACUAGGAGCUGCGACACGGCCCAGCCUCCUGGCCCGCCGAAUUCCUGCACUCCAGCCAUGGCUCCCUCGCCGCUCGCGUGGCUGCUGCGCCUGGCCGCGUUCUUCCAUUUGUGUACUCUGCUGCCGGGUCAGCACCUCGGCAUGACGAAAUGCGAAAUCAUGUGCGACAAGAUGACCUCACGAAUCCCAGUGGCUUUGCUCAUCCGCUAUCAGCUAAACCAGGAGUCCUGCGGCAAGCGUGCCAUUGUCCUGGAGACGACACAGCACAGACGCUUCUGUGCUGACCCGAAGGAGAAAUGGGUCCAAGACGCCAUGAAGCAUCUGGAUCACCAGGCUGCUGCCCUCACUAAAAAUGGUGGCAAGUUUGAGAAGCGGGUGGACAAUGUGACACCUGGGAUCACCUUGGCCACUAGGGGACUGUCCCCAUCUGCCCUGACAAAGCCUGAAUCCGCCACAUUGGAAGACCUUGCUUUGGAACUGACUACUAUUUCCCAGGAGGCCAGGGGGACCAUGGGGACUUCCCAAGAGCCACCGGCAGCAGUGACCGGAUCAUCUCUCUCAACUUCCGAGGCACAGGAUGCAGGGCUUACGGCUAAGCCUCAGAGCAUUGGAAGUUUUGAGGCGGCUGACAUCUCCACCACCGUUUGGCCGAGUCCUGCUGUCUACCAAUCUGGAUCUAGCUCCUGGGCUGAGGAAAAAGCUACUGAGUCCCCCUCCACUACAGCCCCAUCUCCUCAGGUGUCCACUACUUCACCUUCAACCCCAGAGGAAAAUGUUGGGUCCGAAGGCCAACCCCCAUGGGUCCAGGGACAGGACCUCAGUCCAGAGAAGUCUCUAGGGUCUGAGGAGAUAAACCCAGUUCAUACUGAUAAUUUCCAGGAGAGGGGGCCUGGCAACACAGUCCACCCCUCAGUGGCUCCCAUCUCCUCUGAAGAGACCCCCAGCCCAGAGCUGGUGGCCUCGGGCAGCCAGGCUCCUAAGAUAGAGGAACCCAUCCAUGCCACUGCAGAUCCCCAGAAACUGAGUGUGCUUAUCACUCCUGUCCCCGACACCCAGGCAGCCACAAGGAGGCAGGCAGUGGGGCUACUGGCUUUCCUUGGUCUUCUUUUCUGCCUAGGGGUGGCCAUGUUUGCUUACCAGAGCCUUCAGGGCUGUCCCCGCAAAAUGGCGGGGGAAAUGGUAGAAGGCCUCCGCUACGUCCCCCGUAGCUGUGGCAGUAACUCAUACGUCCUGGUGCCAGUGUGAGCUGCUUGCCUGCCUGCCUGUGUCCAGAGUGUGAUUCGGACAGCUGUCUGGGGACCCCCCCCCCCAUCCUCAUACCCACCUUCAUCCACGCUGGGGAAAUGGGAAUGGAGAAGCUGGACCCUCCAGGGGCUGUGGGCUCCAUCCAAUCCCCCCUCCCCCGAGGGGUGGCCCCGGAGGCCACCCUAGACCACUAUUCACUUAUCAGAGACAGAGCAGGUGACCUUCCAGCUCCUCUAUAUUUGAAAGAAUCCUCUGCUGCUGGCUGGUUAGAGGGGCCCUUGACACCCCAACUCCAGUGAACAAUUAUUUAUUGGAUUCCCAGCCCCUGCGACGACACCUGUUUCCCGCGCGCACCGUGGUCCGCCCAUAUCACAAGCAGCAGGCCAGGCCUAUCUGCCUGUCCCCCUGACCUCCUUGUGUCUCCUGGCUUUGCUGCAGUCGCCAGCCCUUCUCCUCCCCGGCCAGCUGCGGUGCUAUCUGCCCUAUGUCUCCCUCUAUCCCCUGUACAGAGCGCACCACCAUCACCAUCAACACCGCUGUUGUGUCUUUUCUUGCAUGAGGUUAAAGCUGUGUUUUCUGGAGCUCUCCGGGAAGGGAGACAAGCUUGCGAGAGGGUUUAAAGUGUUCCUCCCCAGACUUGGAUGUGCUGUGAAGGCAUGCUGCGUCUGAAGGAAGGGUCCAGUCCCCACUCGGCUACCAGCACCACAAAGUGCCCCACCUGUAAAAGGAAAGAAACGUGGUCCAGAGCUGGCAAUAACCUAUGGCCCUGACAUCAUCACUUUCUCUGAGAUCCUUGUCUCCACCCCUGGGUGCAACCCCACCCCUUAUCAACAUUAAUAGUCACUGCCAUUCCACUGGACUGACAUUUUUGUACCCUGUGAUUCUGAGGGCUGGCAAGGAGUGGCUUGAGAGUGCAGAUCGUACCCUGUAUGCCCCCCCCCCAAAUGGAGGCUGAGUUGGGGACUUGCAGGAACAGAGGCCAACUCAGAUGGCUUCCCCUGUGUUCUCACUAGAAACCCCUCCCCCAUGCACCAAGGUGACAGUCACAGGUCUGCCCUGGCUAAAGGACAAGCCACAUAGGAAAGAUUAGGACAAGCCCCUCGGAGGCAGAGGAUCCAGGGUAAACCCCUGGAGUGGCCACAAACCCAAUUUCAGUGUAGGGACUUGUGCAUGUGUGUACUUGCAUAGUCAGACAGAGGCUGCCAGGGUCCUUUCCUGUCUCUGAGAGCAGUGUUCACGCCAAGGACUCACCUUUGCCCCCAUUGCAGGCAGGGCCAGAACUCCCAUAGCAUUCUCCAAGAGCCCUGUGACAUUUUCUGGAAGGGACUCUGCCCUGGGCGCAAAGUGACUGCUGAAGCAAGGAGCAGCUGAGCAGCACCCCAGCGGAGCUGAGCCGGCAGGCCACGCCCCUCGGGGGGGGGGGGCAUUUCUACCCACCCUGCUCUGAAUAGCUCCAACUUCACCUUAGGAGCCUCCCAGGGGCGAGCUUCACCCAGAAGCCAGUGACUCACUCCUUGAUUGGUGGAAGCUCAGUUGGCUCCUGAGAGUGAGGAAGCCAACCCUUUGUCGACCCUCCUCCUGGGAAGCCUGUGGGCGGCUCUGAUCAUGCUCCACAGAACCAGUUGUAGGCCUGAGCCGCAGCAGCCCGAGUGCACUAUAUCCUGGCUCCUUCGGUGGGGAACCUUUAAGGGUUGGGACACCCGUCAUCGGACUUUGUUGGUUCCUCCCUCCCAGAGCAGAAUGUGGGCCGUAACAAUCUGAGGAGGACUUUGAAAGUUGUUGAUCCUUUAGGGUUUUUUUUCAAGCAUCAUUACCAAUGUCUGUGCCAUUUUGUAUUUUACUAAUAAAAUUUUAAAGUCUUGUGAAUUAAA